CUUUCUUUCCAAACACCACUCCAUUUUCUCGUCACUGUCCAUCAAGAAAUUGACCAAAAUGGCUCUUCAUCCCAUCAACCAAGCUAACGAAAACAGCCCAUAUGGAGAUCUCACCAGAGAACAAUUUCUCAAAAAGCAUCAAAUCCUCCACCAAGAAUCCUACAUGUUUAACAAAAAGAACAUGAAAAUUUUCACUCAAACAUGGCGCCCCGAUUCCCCCGGACCUCUCAAAGGCCGCGUCGCCAUGAUCCACGGCUACACCAGCGACGGCAGCUGGGUAUCCGAGCUCACUGCCGUCGCCAUCGCCAAAACCGGAUUCCUCGUCUGUGCUCUCGACCUCCAAGGCCACGGCUCCUCCGACGGCUACCCCGGCCACAUCCCAAACAUCGAACAUAUAGUUCAAGAUUGCAUCCAAUUUUUCGACUCUGUUAAAACAAACCACCCAAAGUUGCCGUCAUUUCUCUACGGCGAAUCCCUCGGCGGUGCAAUAUCAAUUCUGAUAUGUUUAGAACAAAAAUACGAAUGGGAUGGUUUGAUUUUGAGCGGUUCAAUGUGUGGAGUUUCAGCCAAAUUUAAGCCAAUGUGGCCAUUGGAGAAGCUACUUCCAGUGGCGGCGCUGUUUGCGCCGAAAUGGAAAGUGGUGCUGUCGAAGCCGGUGGCGAGCAAGUCGUACAAGGAGGAGUGGAAGAGGAGAUUGGUGGCAAGGAACCCGAAUAGGCGGACGUCGGGGAAGCCUCCGGCGGCGACGGCGUUGGAGUUCUUGAGGGUGUGUGAGUAUAUAAAGAGGCAUUGCCAUGAACUGGAGGUGCCAUUGCUGAUGUUGCAUGGGGAGAACGAUGCGUUAUGUGAUUAUGAAUCGGCAAGGCUUGUGUACGAAUCGGCGGAGAGUGAGGAUAAAACAUUGAAGAUUUUUCCGGGAUUAUGGCAUAUGUUGAUUGGGGAAAAUGAGGAAGAUGUUGAGGUUGUUUUUGGGAUUGUGUUGUCGUGGAUUGCAGAAAGGGCGGGUAAAGCUAAAGCUAAAUCAAAUAUAAAUUAAUUAAAAAUAAUACUAUUGAAUUACCUUAAUUAAUUAGUCCUCUUUCUUGUAUGAUCUUAUUUUCCUUAAUUUUAUCUUUUAAAAUGUGUUGUCUUGGUGGAAUACAGACCAAGUUAAUAUGUUAUAUUA